GAGCACCGUUGGAUCUGUCUGUGCCACCGUCUCUCUCCUGGGUCUCAAUAAAGUUUUCCUCUUCCUUCUCUGGUACGGAGCUCAAGAUGGCGGCCUCCUGGCCGCCCUUGGCUACCCUGCGAUUAGUGCAGAGCCGGUUGAGGGGGAGAUGUGUUGGGUGCGGAGCCUGGGCAGCCGCUCUGACCCCUCCGGCCACCGCCCCUGGGAGCCCCUUUUGGAAAGCCUAUACCAUUCAGAUACCCGAGAGUAUGUCUCCAUCUGUGGCCACAGAAGCUUAUGUGAAAGCUUUGGCUUUUUGCCAUGGACCUCUGGACCACUAUGACUUUCUGAUCAAAAAUCAUGAGAUAAAGGAUGAUGCACAUCAAAGAAGAGUCAUACAGUGUUUGCAGAAGUUACACGAGGACCUUAAAGGAUACAGUAUAGAGGCAGAAGGCAUUUUUUCAAAGCUUUUUUCAAGGAGCAAACCUCCAAAGGGCCUCUAUGUUUAUGGAGAUGUUGGUACAGGGAAAACAAUGGUGAUGGACAUGUUUUAUACUUAUGUGGAAAUGAAGAGGAAAAAACGGGUUCAUUUUCAUGGUUUCAUGCUAGAUGUUCACAAAAGAAUACACCGCCUUAAACAGAGUUUGCCAAAAAGGAAAGCAGGAUUCAUGGCUAAAUCAUAUGAUCCAAUAGCUCCUAUAGCUGAAGAAAUCAGCGAAGAAGCAUGUCUCUUAUGUUUCGAUGAAUUUCAGGUCACUGACAUUGCUGAUGCCAUGAUUCUGAAACAGCUUUUUGAAAAUCUGUUCAAAAAUGGGGUCGUCGUUGUGGCAACAUCCAACAGGCCACCAGAAGAUCUCUAUAAAAAUGGACUACAAAGAGCUAACUUUGUACCAUUCAUAGCAGUCCUAAAGGAGUACUGCAAUACGGUCCAGCUGGACUCUGGGAUAGAUUACCGGAAAAGGGAGCUUCCUGCUGCAGGAAAGCUCUACUACCUCACAAGUGAAGCUGAUGUGGAGGCUGUCAUGGAUAAGUUGUUUGAUGAGCUGGCUCAGAAACAAAAUGAUUUAACUAGACCAAGGAUUCUAAAAGUGCAAGGCAGAGAGCUGUGUCUGAAUAAAGCCUGUGGAACCAUUGCCGACUGCACAUUUGAAGAGCUGUGUGAAAGACCGCUUGGAGCCAGUGAUUAUUUGGAGCUAUCAAAGAAUUUUGAUACAGUAUUUUUGCGAAACAUUCCCCAAUUUACACUGUCAAAAAGGAGUCAAGCUCGAAGAUUCAUAACUCUUAUUGAUACCCUCUAUGAUUUCAAGGUGCGCCUAAUUUGCUCCGCAUCAACUCCUUUAUCAAGCUUAUUUCUGCAUCAGCCUCAUGACAGUGAGUUGGAGCAAAACAGAAUAAUGAUGGAUGAUUUGGGGCUGAGCCAGGACUCAGCAGGUCUCUCCAUGUUUACCGGAGAAGAGGAAAUCUUUGCAUUUCAGCGCACAAUUUCCCGACUCACAGAAAUGCAGACGGAACAGUACUGGAACGAAGGGGACAGAAGCGGGCUGUAACAGUCACUGCCGCCUCAAUGAAACGCGGGACAGAUGACUCCCACAGGGAGAGCUCUUUGUUAUGGGACUUGAAGAAAUCAUUUUCUCAUCAUUAAUUAUGCACUUGUCCUCCGGACCACUUGUAUCUAACACUGCUAUCAAAGAUGUAGUGGAUUAGUAAGUUAAAGCCAUUUCUGUAAGUCUACUUUGUGCCUAUUUAUUUGGCCUUCCUUCUGCACCACAAAAAUAAAGCCAGCACUGCUGAAGAUUAAGGUUGGACCAGACAUCUGGCUCCAUAUGAAGCCACCUGAGUGAACCUCGAGUACACACAAUGCAGUAAAGGCAGGGUGUCCAGACAUGUCUGAGCUUUGGCUGUGUGGCAGCCGCACAAUAGAAACACAUCUUGUAUGAGAGGAGGAAAAACCCUACAUUUCAACUGAAAGCAAAGAAAGCAUUCUGAUCUUACUAUAAACUAAAGGGAAUAUGGGCUUCUAUAUGUGAUUGGGGGG